AUGGAUCGUGCAUUUUUUAUAGAAGAUUCUUAUGGGGUGGAUGAUCAUAAUAAUGAAAAAUUAAAGAUAAUCGUGAGUGUUCCAUAUGAAAAAAAGGUUCCUUCUAUUCCUGUAUUUAGAAUCGGCUCGAUCCAGUUGAUUGAAUGGGAUUAUUUUGGAUUUGAAGGAAAUCCUGAAGUUAUAAUAGAUGUCUUCUAUAUAUUUCCAACAUUACCAAAUCCCAGUUAUAUUUCAAUUUGGCCAAAUCACAAAAUUGCAAAAUUGCAGGAUGAAUCAAUAAAAUUCGAAAUAGGUUCUAAAUAUUUUCAAACUGGGAAACAAUAUAUAGCAAAAGUUUUUUUAAAAGACAAAGCUGAAAUUAGUGGCACAUCGGAACCUUUUAUGGUUUGCGAAAUUUGUCUUUAUUGA